AUGAUCUGCCGAACCUGCCUGCGGGCCGCCCGCGUACCCAGCGCUCCUGCGCGACGCUUCCUCUCGAGCUCCCCUGCGCUGAACAACGCAACCCCCAUCUCCUCCGCUUCCGCUCCAACACCGCGCCAGGGCAGUCCAACAUCGUCUCACACACCGCCCGCCGCAACCUCGAGCUCGGCCGCACAGCCUUUCAGCGCGCCUCUCACACCGAAGCCAAGCCCCGCGAUCGAGAAGAACGCGGCUAAGGUCGCAGAGAAGAAGCCAACACCGCUCGUCAAGAGCAGCGUACCCGCGGGCACGCCACUGAAGGGGCUGAACUUUGAGAAGAACAAGCAGGAUCCUGUCGCGCUGGCGGACGACGAAUACCCGAGCUGGUUAUGGACGAUCCUGCAACGGCAGGAGGACAAGGGAGACGUGGGGGCUAUGGGCGAUCUAUUCUCGAAGAGUAAGAAGCAGCGUCGACUGGCCGCAAAGCGUCUGCGCAAGGAACAGGCCAUGAACCCAGAACUUCUCGCACCCAAGAUCCCCAUCUACGAGCAGACCAUCGAUCUUCCUGCCGGAGACGGCAGUGUGGAGGGCGCAGUCGAGGCCGCCGGCGCACGAGGCGAGCUGACCAAGGCAAUGCGGAAUAAGAGGCGGGCCGCCAUCAAGGAGGGCAAUUUCCUCAAGGCCAUGGGAUAG